AUGCUGGCUCGUUCAUCUUAUUGUUCGGCAGCAAGAAUAAGAAGAAGCAAAGAAAUGAAACGACGAAUUGAUGGAACGAGACGACUUGUUUCUUCUAGUAGCCGUGGCCUUAGUCUUGGAGAUUCGUCAAGAGUUACGAGAACUGCAGGAUGCAAGCGACCACUGCGGUGUUGGGGCAACCAACAAAUAAGGUGGUCCACUUCUUCUGCACCACCAGUAGUUCCAGAAAUUAGCCCAUCAGCGAUUGCACGACAACGUCAGAGCAGGACCAUUGCUGCACUCUCUGUGGUGUUUGUGACUGCCGUGCUCAUAGAAGGAAAUGCCAAGCAGGGAUGGAUAGGAAAAGAUCCCCCAACCUUGCCACGGGUAUAUAGUCGAGAAGUCAUUCAAAAUUAUUGGAAGCAACGACCCAUUUCAAUUGUUCGACGAUUGGGCCAAGUGGCGAUACAGCUAGGCCCCAUUUGGGCUCGGUACGUGGGGUAUAAAUAUUCACCUUUUGCAUCAAAGCGGAAUCUGCACGGUGUUGAUGCCCAGCUGGAAGAACAGGUCAUUCGUACUUUGGCAAAGGAGUUGAAGGAUGCUCUUACCUAUUUGGGACCUGCUUGGAUCAAAGCUGGGCAGCAAUUGGCAAUUCGUCCGGAUAUCGCGCAUCCGUUGCUGUUGAAGGAACUCCAAACUCUGCACGAUUCGGUCAAGCUCACAAUCACACACGACGAAGCUCUCGAAAUAGUACGAAACGAACUGGGUGAGGACAAGGUAAAUGACUUGAAAGAAUUUGAAUUGGUGGCUUCGGCCUCUUUGGGACAAGUGUACAAGGCAAAGCUACAACAGGGCGGCGAAAAAAGCAAUCAAACGGUUGCCAUCAAGAUUCAGAGACCAGGAAUGCUGGAAUCCUUCAGUCUUGACUUGUUUCUGUUACAAAUGUAUGGGAGCACUGUCGACACUUUCACUUCCACUUUUACCAAGCAGCCUCCCUAUCAUAGAGCGUUCUUUGAUUCUUUCUCUCAUGGAUCCUAUUCGGAGCUGGAUUACGAGAACGAAGCCAAGAAUCAGAUGCUCUUUCAACAUGAGUUUGCAACUAGAGGCUUGAAUCACAAGGUGAAAAUUCCAAAUGUAUUCGUGGACUAUUCCACUCAGCGAGUACUGACGACGGAAUGGAUCGAUGGAAUUCCGUUGGCACAUAGUCCAGCUCCCAUUAUUCAAAAGCUGAUUCCAGUUGGAGUGGAUUUGUUCUUGACGCAACUCUUGGACAUUGGAACCUUCCAUAGUGACCCACAUCCCGGGAACAUAUUGGUAACUGCGGAUAAAGGUAUUCUUUGUCUAUUGGACUUUGGUCUUUGCGUCAAGGUCGAACCGGAAGAACGACGAUCUAUGACUAAGGCGCUUGUGCACUUGCUUUAUCGCGAUUUUGACAAGUUGGUGGACCAGGAUAGUAAGGAUCUUGGUUUUUUGCCACAGGAUUUUGAUACCGAGGAAAUCAAACCAAUCUUGAUCAAGGUCUUGAAUGGAGGUUUGCUUGAAGCAGGAUCGGAUAUGAAAAAUCGAAAGCGCAAGUUUAUGGAGAUAUCAUCGGAACUGAAUGAAAUUUUCUUCAAGUAUCCCUUCCAAGUCCCACCCUUCUUUGCGCUCGUCACCCGUGGACUGGGAUUGUUGGAAGGGAUUGCAUUGUCAGGAGAUCCUAAUUUUGAUAUUUUCCAAGCGAGUCUUCCAUUUGUUGCCUCUCGACGAGCUGUUUCCCUUUUAUUGUCAGGAGCCAACGCAAAACAAGAGAAAGUUGCAGGAAUGGACGGCAUUGGUUCGCAAGCCACAAAGCCAAGAGAGGGCCUGAGACGAAAAUCAAGAAAAUUCUUUUCUUGGCUUGUCUCGAAAGCACCGCGCAAUGAGGAAACUGAAUCAUAA